UGUGUAACAGCAAAGUUGACCUUUUUUCUCAAAGACUUCUGGUCCUGGAUACAACGAGAUUUCCUCCGUUGUUUACGGUCUUUUGGCAAUAAAUACACUCACUAGUGUUGAUUUGGCUUAGUAAGAACUCAGACAUGGCUCAGCAGGAUUACAAAAUGCUCAGUGACAAACUGUUCACAUACAAAGGAACUGUCUUAACUUUGGGCUCGGAUCAUGAUCUUACUCCAGAGUAUAUUGACAGUUUAGCGGAUUUCGAAACAAGGGAUGAUGAUCUCUAUGUUGUUACCUUCCCGAAAUCAGGUACAGUAUGGACUCAACGGAUCAUUACUUUAAUAUACGAGGAAGAUUUCCCUGACAAAGCCAAACAAAGCACAUACGAGCAGAUGCCCUGGCUAGAAUAUCGUUUAAAGGAGGAAGAUUACAACACACGUCCGUCUCCAAGACUCUUCUGUUCCCAUUUACUCCAGCCACUGAUGCCCAAAGCACUGCAAAGAAAGGGAAAAAUCAUCUACGUCAUGAGAAACCCUAAAGACAUCAUGGUGUCAUAUUUCCAUUUUUCCAAGAACAUGAAAAACCUGGAUUCUUCCGAGAGCAUGUACGAGAUGCUGGAAAAAUUCUUCACAGGAUGCAUGAUUGGUGGCUGUUGGUUUGACCAUGUUAAAGGAUGGAUCACAAAUAAAGACAAAUACAACAUCCUGAUCCUUACUUAUGAAGAAAUGAUCAAGGACCUCAGAUCCGUCAUUGUGAAAAUCUGCGAGUUUGUGGGAAAGAAUCUUUCAGACGCAGCGAUCGAUAAAAUGGUGGAGACAACCACGUUCAAGCACAUGAAGAAAGACCCCUUGGCCAACUAUGAAUUUCUUCCUCAAAAUAUCACAAACAAUCCAAAAGGACUUUUUUUGCGCAAAGGAACAGUUGGGGACUGGAGGAACACUUUAACCGUGGCUCAGAGUGAAUGUUUUGACCGCGUCUACCAAGAAAAAAUGAAGGACGUACCUCUUAACAUGGUCUGGGACAUCUCAGAUUUGCAUGGGGAACUUCUGGAAUCACAAAAUGAGUCAUGGAAUUAAUUUAAUACAUCAGUACUUCCAGUUAGCUGUUAAUAAAGGUUGAAAACAAGAAGCUUUUUCAAUAUUACAGCAGAAAUGCUGAAAAUAUCUUACAGUCAAAAAUGUUGAGAACCACUGUUCUAAUAUUAUUGAAUGCAUAAAAUAUGGACCAAGUACAACUGUAAUUUGUGCAUGCAUAUCUGUGAUAUUAUGCCACCUUCUGAACUUUACAUUUCCUAUUUGAAAUGUACAAAGACUGAUAAUAAAGAUUUAGGUUAAAGCACCA